CCAAUCCACACGACCCGAGCGCGCGCCCGGACAAAUUUGCUACAGCAAAGGUUGCCACCCAAAUUCGCCCGCUCGCUCGCUCUCCGGCGGCGCGCGCACGCAGCCAGGAAGGACCGGCGGACCACAUGGCGGCGGCGCGGCCCGGCGGCGCGCUCGCGUUCCCCUCCUCCCCGGCUUCCCUGCUCAUAUCGCGCUCCCGCUCCUCCACCUCCGACCUUCUUCCCGCGUCCCCUGCGCCGCGGCGGCCGCGGCGGUGGAUCGUCGCCGGUGUCCCGGCCGUGGCGGCGGGGGCGGCGCUCGCGGCAUCGGCGUCGGCGCCGGUUUCGGCGCUGCUGCUGCGGGACGGCGGCGCCACGCUGCUCGUCACCGCGGGGGCGUACUCCCUCGUGCGCGCCUUCGACGCGCUCACCGAGCGGCGUCUCGUCGAACAGAGCUUGAGCAGAAAGAUCGUGCAUGUGCUAUCGGGGGUUAUGUUCAUGUCUUCAUGGCCACUCUUCAGUAAUUCGAACGAAGCACGGUUCUUCGCGGCAGUAGUUCCAUUCUUGAACGGCAUAAGGCUUCUGACCUAUGGACUCGGUUUCUACUCUGACGAAGCUCUUGUAAAAUCAGUGACCCGUGAAGGAAAACGAGAGGAAUUGCUGAGAGGUCCUCUUUACUAUGUCAUAGUGCUACUGCUCAUUGUUCUAGCCUUCUGGCGUGACUCGCCAAUUGGAAUUGUCUCCUUGUCCAUGAUGAGCGGUGGUGACGGCUUUGCUGACAUUGUCGGGAGAAGGUACGGCUCACUGAAGCUGCCAUUCAACAAGAAGAAGAGCUGGGCUGGGAGUGUGGCCAUGUUCAUUUCUGGGUUCCUGCUAUCCGCUUUGAUGCUGUCCUACUUCUCGUGGCUUGGUUACAUCCAUGUCAACUGGGAGGAAACGUUUGGUAAACUGGUUCUUGUUGCGUUGGCAGCUACUGUGGUGGAGUGUAUUCCUGUAACUGAUGUUGUAGAUGACAAUAUCUCUGUUCCAUUGGCCACCAUGUUUGUAGCCUUUAUGUUGUUUGGCAACACUGCAAAUCGAAUCUAGGAACUGGAUGUUUUGAACUCCUCCUGCACUGGCUUCAAAUGUUUACUUGUCUCCUUAGCCAUUUUAA